AUGGCAGUUAGAAGUACUCAGGCAAAUGCUAAUGCUAGCUUCAAAGUCACCUGGAAGAACGGUAGGUCUUCAAGCCAGGUGGAUCAUAUACUAACGUCCUCUGAUUCUACUCUAUUCCUCACCCAUAUGCGAUGUACUCAACCCCACAUCGUUACUGAUCAUAAGCUUUUGCUUUGUGAUAUAGGAGAGAGAAAACAACCUAUUGCUCCGAAACAUAUGGUUCCCACACAAGUCCUGUCUAAACAUAAACGAAAGCCACAAGUCGACGUGUCCCACUUGAGAGAAGAAAAUCUUAGGAAACGAUUUGAAGAAGAACUAGUAAAAACCAGUCGUCCUUGUCCAGCCAACAAUGAAACCAUCCAAAAUAGUUGGAAACGCUUGUGUGAAAAAAUCAAUAAAAGUGUCGAUACUGUAUUAAGAGCUAAAACCCGUUUACAUGUGGAUCGGGAUUGUCGUUUGGCACAGGCACAUGUAAAACGUUGUGCUUUUUGGGCAGGCUAUUCUUAUCAGCCAAAAUGGAAGUACAGACUGAUUGAAGCGAAAGAAACCCUAAGACGCAAUCUACGAGAGUACGAAGAGCGGCAAAUUACAGAUUUUUUCAAAAGUCUCAACAGCUAUCCAGCCGGAGACCGCAUCAACAAGACAUACAAGUUUUUGAAAAAUUAUAAGAAGCGAAAAAACUUUCGCGGCUAUGUCUCUAAUAUUCGCAAUAGUGAUUGGGUUGAUGAGUCAAAUGACGCAUGCCUUAUCCCGAAAUUGCUUGACGAGCCUUCGACUGAAUCCUUACCGGAUCCACCUUCCGUAUCGGAUGUUACACGGAUUGUCCUAGGCUUGAAGAAUGGGAAAACUCCGGGCCUAGAUGGGUUAUACGCUGAAUACUUCAAGUACGCUGAUUCUCAAGCCAUUCUUGAGUUGCACCAGAUGCUGUGUCGGGUUUGGACUGAAAACAUUCAUCCAACUGAAUGGAAACAUACGAUUGUUGUACCGAUUCCGAAGAUCAAAAAUCCGAAGUGUGUGAAGGAUUACAGACGAAUAUGUCUGAGCAGUGUGGCCUAUAAAAUAUAUGCCAUUUGGUUGCUAGAGAAGCUACAAAAUAUAAUUGGCCCCUUGGGUGUUCACCAAGCUGCAUUUUUAAUAGGUCAUUCAACAAUUGAUCACCUUCACGUCGUUCAGAGAGUUUUACAGGAAAACUGGAACGCGGGAAACCCAUUGAUUGUGAUGUCACUAGAUAUUGAGAAGGCAUUUGAUAGAGUGUCCCUAACGUCGUUACCUGCUAUACUUCGAGGUAUUAUUUAG